GGAAGUUGGAUCACCUGGGAGGUGACAGAAACAACCUUCAGCUUCCAUGCAACCAAGGCUCCAAGACCAUGGGACCACAGCUGUUCUGGCUCCUUGGGGCAGCCUUGGCCCUUCCUUGCACCGAGGCCCUGGUGUGUAAGAAAGGCUAUCUGAUCCAUGAUGAUGACAGAUCAGCUUUCCCCAUCUCAUGGAAUGUCAGAAUUACUGAGACCUGUGAGGCUGGGGAAGGAUGUCAGGAGACCCUUAUCAUUCUGGAGUCAGGAAACAGAGUGGGUGCAGUUAUCAGUCAUGGGUGCACCAGGGCUCAAGCCCACGAAGCCAAGGACAUUCAGCACAGAGCACCCCCUGGGGUGACCAUUGCAUCCUUCACCAAAGUCUGCCACUCAGACCUGUGCAAUGAUCUCGACAACACCCUUCCCUUGUGGACUCCAGAACCCACAGAUGCCCCAGCACAAGGGGCAUUGCAGUGCCCACUCUGUGUGUCUCCUUUCUCCUGCCCUUCUGAUGCUCCUCUGGUCCCCUGCCCCUCAGGAACAACUCACUGCUACAGCGGAACCAUCCAGCUCUCUGGAGGAGGGCUCUCACAUCCUCUGAGGGUUCAGGGCUGUGUUCCCCAUGGUGGUUGCCAGCUGCUCAAUGGGACAGAGACGAUUGGGCCCAUUUCUCUGACUGAGAGCUGUGAGAGUGAAGGGAGCCAGGAUACCAGGGCCCAGGUCUGCUUCACGGGGCAUCUAUCUGAAAUCAGGGACAAAUCAGAUCUCCCCAUCUCGUGGACAGCCACCUACAAAGAGACCUGCAAACCAGGGGAAGGCUGUCAGGACACUCUGAUUCUCCUGGAAUCUGGGGACAAAGUGGCCAUAGUCCUCCGUAAAGGCUGCCAGAGAGGCCGCACUCAGGAACCUCUCCACACUUGGCACAGAAGGCCCCCGGGAGUGACCAUCAUCUCCUACACCCACGUGUGCCACUCUGACCUCUGCAACAACCUCAGCUCCAGCUUCCCUUUGUGGCGCUCCCGACCACCCACAGCUGCUCCCGCCCCUGAUGGUUUCCAGUGUCCAACGUGUGUGGCCUUGGGAUCAUCCUGUUUAAACCCCAAGCUUUCCGUUUGCCCUGAGGGUACUUCCCAGUGUUACCAGGGAGUGUUCAGGCUCAGUGGAGGAGGGAUUGUAACCGAUUUGAGCAUCCAGGGCUGCGCCACCGAAGCUGUCACAGGCUGUAGUCUACUGGGAAAAACCCAGGCUUUUGGGCCCAUUGCUGUGAAUGAGACCUGCCGAGGAAAGAAAUUUGAGGACCAGAGCUCCCCUAACAGGGUUUCUGCCACCACAGUGCAAGUCUGGGGAAUGAGAGUUGGAUUGCUCCUGGCCUUGUGGGGGUGCCUCCCCCCACGGAAGUUGGAUCACCUGGGAGGUGACAGAAACAACCUUCAGCUUCCAUGCAGACCAAGGCUCCAAGACCAUGGGACCACAGCUGUUCUGGCUCCUUGGGGCAGCCUGGCCCUUCCUUGUACUGGGGCCUUGACUUGUUACAAGGGAGUAAGUUUAAGCAUGGGACAAAACCUGAGGAACGAACCUGAAGACCUAACAACUGAAAACACCAUCACCUGUAAAGCCAGAGAGGUGUGUCAGGAGACCGUGCUGUUCACAGAGUCAGGGACCAGUGGCAUCAUCCUGAGCAGUAAGGGGUGCAUAGCAGAUGGGAGCACUUCCUCUGGCCCCACCACGCUCGCCUCUCCAGGGGUCACCAUCAUCUCCUACACCCGGGUCUGCUCCUCUGACCUGUGUAAUGACCUCAGCAGCACAGCUUCCAUCCUGAGUCCGGCUUCUCCAGCUGCCCCGGCCCCUGGUGGUUUCCGGUGUCCAACGUGUGUGGCCUUGGGAUCCUCUUGUUCAAACCCCAUGCUUUCCGUUUGCCCUGAGGGCACCUCCAGCUGUUACCAGGGACUGUUGAGCCUCAGUGGAGGAGGGAUUUCAAUGAACUUGGGCAUUCAAGGCUGUGCCCCCAAAGCUGUCACAGGCUGCAGUCUGCUUGGGAAAACUCAGGCUUUUGGGCCCAUUGAUGUGACGGAGGUCUGCUGAGGAUGAGGGUGAUCUGAGGACCAGAGCUCCCCUAACAAGGUUUCUGCUACCACAGCACAAGCCUGGGGAGUGGGAGCUGGAUUGCUCCUGGCCCUGUGAGGGUGCAUCCCCCCACUCUGAGGGCCUCUUCUGUGACCCCUUAAGAUCUUGACCCAUUUUGCUAUGAGAAUGACCUUAAACACAAAUGGCUCCUAACUCCCAAUUAUCUUCCCCCCACCCAUACCCUUGUACCUUGAUUCUGGAAGGGGGUUGGCAGGAAGCAUGUGGAAAUAUUCACUGAGACUCCAAAAUACAAUCCACUCUACCCAAAUGGGACCUCAGUCUGUUCAUGGUGUGAUGGGGGAGGAGAAACCAAAGACCAUCCCCCUCCCUCGCCUUCUCUCCCCCACUUCCUGCCCUUGCUUUUGUCCUAGUUCAACUCAAGACAGACCAGUGACCUCUGCACCCCCUCUCCUCAUACAAUGGCCCCAGCUUAGUGGACAGAGAGCUGAGAGAUCUGGGGACAAGCUGACUCUGACCCAUCUGGGACAAAUGACUUCAUCUUGGCCCCUAAUCAGCAUUAGCCAUUUAAUCUGAACCCCGCAUGUGUUCAGAUGAGGAAACUGAGGCCCAGGAAAGUCAGGUGAUGCCCCAAGGUCCCACUGGUACUCUGCAUUUGAAGUGGGAUUUAAGCAUAGCUCCUUUGGCCCAAGAGUCUGGAAUUUUUCCCCUGCACAGAAAAUUUCCUCAUGGGGACUUCCUCAUCCAGAUUACAUCACAGUUUAAAAAGGAAAGAAUGACCCAAUGAGCGACUGUCCCCUUGCUCUAGAGAACACCCACCUGCCAGAACCGGGCUUAUCCAGGACCUCUUCCCUGCCUUCAAUGGUCUCAUCCUCACGGUGCCCGCCCAUCUCCCCUGAAUGGUUUCAUCCUUCCAGUAACCCCUCCCUUCUCCUCAGUGGUCUCAUCCUCACCUGCCCCCUAUAUCUCCUCAGUGGUCUCAUCCUCACCUGCCCCCCAUCUCUCUUCAGUGGUCUGAUCCUCACAGUGACACUCCCCUCUCCUCAGUGGUC